AUGGGACCAAAAAAGUUAAACGUAGAAGUGGCAUACUGUGGCAAGUGCUCUGUAAUUGUCCGCGAGGGAACAUCUAGUAUUCAAUGCACAGAUUGUCGUCUCUGGUUUCAUCAUAAAUGUACCAAUCUCUCAACCGCUGAUUUUAGGAAUCUGGCAAACCGUAUUAAGAAAGGUGAAGCAGCCUGGCAUUGCUAUCCGUGCGAAAGUGAGGUUAGCGUCCGCACGUUCGACGAUCUAUUAGAGGAGGACGACAAACGGGAUCCGAUGGGCAAUCUCGAUAGUCUGCUGGAUAAACACUUUGUGCGUUUCACCAAGCAGUAUGAGCAAAAAUUUGAGGCCUUUAGGUCCGAAAUUACAAGCAAUCUGGUAGACAUCAGAGCAGAGGUUAACGUUAGUCGAGAAUAAGAUUAACUCCCAUGUGAGCUUACCGGCAUCCAAUGAAGCAGUUUUCGUAGAGCUGAGCGAACGUAAACGCCGCGAGGCUAAUGUCAUUGCGUUCAACGUCCCUGAAUCAUCUAAAGCAACUGGAAA